UGCGUCAGUCGUUCGCGAAGCCUCGCAUGCGGCGGAUUGUGCGUAAUAGUACGCCGGCCAGUUUUCGUCCCGUGUUUCUCUCGCCCUUUCUUGCUCCCUCACCCCCUUGUGAAACAGCUAAAAGCCGAAGACACGGAGCGCCUCGGGGGCGCUGCCGCAAGUGUACAGUGCCGAGUGUUGUCGCGGCGAGAUCCGUUCCGUUCUCUCCCGGUCGUCCGCACGGUCAAUAAUGAGGGACAUGGCGGGCAAGAUCGCCGAGUUGAAGUUCGAGGCACCCCUCGCACGCUUCGAGGAGGAGGACACGGCCAGCCUGAAGAACAUGAAUCUGCUGACAGAAGAACUGCUGGAUGCCAGUUUGGACAGCAGCUACGGGGAGAACUGCAACGCGAACGAGCCGCCGGCGACCUAUGAAAAUGGAACCGAUACCCUGCAAGAGGGGACGUUCAGCCCCUUCAGCGGCAGCCUCGAGGACCUCGUUAAUACCUUCGACGAGAAGAUAACAUCCUGCUUCCGCGACUACGGCACGAACGUCGAGUCCCUAGCGCCUGUGCAAGUGAGGACGCAGGAGGAGCUCCUGAACGAGUGUCAGAUGUGGUGGACGAUAACCGGCACGUUCGGCAACAUACUGCCGAUCGACUGGAGCAAAUCGUACGCGAGGAAGAUGCACAUGCCGUCGUUGAAUCUGAACGAGGCUCCGCUGUCGAACGACAGACAAGAACUAGAGGAUUUAAGUAGCGAAGACGAGGCGGUCGCGACUGAUUUGGACAUGCAUGCUUUAAUAUUGUCCAGCAGCCCCGAGGAACAGCUGAAGACCGCGGAGGAAGUGCUCCGCGAGAUAGACGACAUAAUGCAGGAGAGCCCGUCGAUGGAACGAUCGCCGGACUCGGAUGGCUCGCUGUUGGAUAGCGACGAGGCGCUGGAACGGAGCAGGGAGGUUCUCGGCUCGCCGCUGCACGAGAAAAAGUUGAAACAACUCAGCUCCAGUCAACUGACCGAGCUCCUCGGCGAGAUGGAAUCGCUGGUGGGUGCCCUGAGCGAAACUCUGAUCGCGGAGCUCGCGUUGAGGGACGAGCUGGAGUACGAGAAAGAGCUGAAGAAUCAGUUCAUCUCGUUGCUGCUGGUGGUGCAGAACCGGCGUAGGCAGCACCAUGUGACGAAAAAGAGAAAUCAAAUGCAAAACGGCACCAGCCCGUUGCCGCAACACAGAUCUCUGCAGGAGUCCAAGUAUUUAACGACUGUAAUUCCAUACCACACGGAUAGUGGCCCACUGGACAACCAAGCCUUACAAGUUCUUAUAAAAAUAUUAAAAGCAAUUAACGAAGAUAGCCCAACAGUACCUACGUUAUUAACGGAUUAUAUACUCAAAGUUGUGUGUCCCACUUAGUGAGGAUAUCGUAAGUCUCACGGGAAGAUCGAUGGAACGUCAGGAAGAAAGAUAUUAAAAUAACGAAGAAUACAAAUUUGCUCUCUUCUUCUUGCCAGUACGCUUUCAGCCGUUGUUGUGCCGCAUACACUUGCGUUAAGGCAGGUGAUUUUUGCUUCUGAGUUGUGUCUCGAAUUACACUCUCUAUUGAUUGUAGAUCGUAGAUAGGGUCCCGUGACACUCAUAUCUAGUCUUACUUUAUAUAUUAUAAUGUGUAUAUUGAUUUUACAUAAGGUACAGUUUCGAUAUCUGUGUAUGCGCUCUAUGGAAUACCUCUUGUCUUACAUGAAUUAUAAUACAACCUUCAUUUUUGUAUACGUCAUCAUGGAUUUCUCGUGACGAUUCGGUUUUUGUAAUUUUUUGUACAUAAAGAUUUUAUCGAAAUACGUGUGAGCAAAGUUUACUAUAACACCGAGAAUACUUAUAUUUAUCUAGAGAAAUAUACCAAAUAACUUGUAGAUUGCUCUUUACCGAGGAGAGAAAGGAAGAGAAGCAUAAGUAAGCUUACAGAUUUAAUGCAUAUUGUUGUAACACCCGUAUGUAUCUAAAGUUAAAGUAAUUAAUAACAUUGACGCGCAAAGAUACAUUGCAUCCCGUUACUCGAAUCAUACUUUCACAGAUGUGUACUUUAAUUGAAAACUGUUAAAUGACUGUGUACAAAGCUGGCAUUAAAAAUUCUUUGUGUACAGCGACGCAGUUGUCCCGAUGCAUUGUGCAUAAAGUAGAAAUAUUGUGUUUGUUGAAAUAAAGAAAUAAAUCUGACAAUCUUACCAUUUAAAAGAAUACUCCUCACCCGCAUCAUUGAAUCGUACCUACAAAUAUAGAUACUCAUGAAAACGUCUAUAUUUAGUGAACCUACUGGCAACAAUAAUAGAGUAGCACGGUUCUUGCUGAAACGUGUGAAAUUAAUAAAAACUCAUUGAUUUACGAAUCGAUUAUGAUGAUGAUGAAGCAAAGGUUAAAGAGACCUUCGUUAAAUACUUUAAGAAGUAUUGCUUCUGGAGGUUUGGUGAUUGCAGGUUUUGGAUUCUAUAAUGAAUUUUUAUAUCAAAGAAGACUUCGACAAACAAAAACUUAUCAGAGAGUAUUAGAAAUACUUUAUGAUCACGAGGAGACC